AUGGGUGAUUAUCAUCUCCUCAAAGACGAUAAAGUCGACAAUUCAAAUACCAAUCAGACAGAACCUGCAGAAAAUGCAAACCAACAGCCUCAAAAAAUCACUUGGGAGCUAAUAAAAUUAUACUUCCGCCACCCAUCUCGGCUGCUUGAAGAACGAUUUAGCCCUGGCUCAUUAAAAGGUAGUGUUUUCAAUAUCCUAGCUGCUACAAUCGGGGCAGGCAUUCUUACUCUGCCUUAUGCUGUAAAUCUUGUUGGGCUAUACCUAGGUUUCUUUAUCCUCAUUGCAGGAUUUUUGGCAAGCCUUUAUACAUCGAGAUUACUUAUCACAUCUUCAGACUGGACUACUGUAGCUUCCUACGAAGGCCUUGGUGAAACUUUAUACGGUCCCAAAAUGCGUACAUUUUGCGAGGUAAUUAUCAUUAUCAACAACUUUGGGAUAUAUGUAGCUUACUUAGUCAUUCUUAUGGGUCUCGGCCCACACGUUUUUCACCUUAUGGGAAUCGACAACUCAAUACUGAAAAACCAGUACCUCUGGGGAGGAAUUAUGGCUGUCUUUAUAGUGUAUCCUUUGACGAUCGCCAAAAAGAUUUCAGCAUUAAGAUAUACUUCAGCGCUGAGUACUGCUGCGUGUGCAUAUUUGGCCAUUUUAGUUACAUAUGAGUUUUUCGUUAUGAAAGAUGGAGAAACCCUCGACAGAUUCACAGAAGCACCAGUUGCUGAGAUAGACCCAUGGUCAAGCAUAGGUAGCAACCCUACACCCCCACCCCCCCCAAUAAGGGAACCCCCACCCCCCCCUAAAAAUGGCACCCCCCCCACCCCCCCCCUAAAAAUGGCACCCCCCACCCCCCCUUCACAGAUGGCACCCCCACCCCCCCUCAAAAAGAAUAUUUUAAAUAUAAUCCAAUUAAAGCGCUAUAUUGAUAAAUGAAGUCUAUAAAUUGCUUUAAUAAUUGCGAUUAAUUAAUAAAUUCAAAUUAAUUAAAAAUUAAUUAGGAAAUAUAUUAAAUUUGUUUUUUUUAUAUUUAUAAAUACAAUGCCAAAGAUAUUGAUAAUGUCAGUAAUUAUUAAAUGAAUCAAGCACAAUACAAUAACUACAGAGUGCAGCGAAGAUGAAUACAGUGUAGGUAACUUCAAGAUGGAUGUAAUAUGAGCUAAUGCAGGAUAUGCAGAAGAUGGAUAAUUAGCUUAAAUAGUAGGUUUAAAAGUAAAUCAAUUCAUAAAAUAAAAUUUUUGCGAAUUCAAGUAUUAACUAUAUUCAUAUUUUCUUACAUACCAUGCCUAUAUCACAUCUUGAGUUGCCAUUAUUCUUUUUGAUUGUUUUUUAUAGCAUUCCAAAACUUCUUCUCUUCUUCCUAAUUAUCUAACUCCCCCAUUUAAAUUGGAACAAAAAAUUUUGUUCCAAUUUAAAGGGGGGUUAAUUUUUUUUUUUAAAAAAAUAUCAUAUAAAAUUUUUUUAUAAAAAAAAUUUAUAUAAAAAUUCAAAAACUUAUCGAAUUAGAUUAAUAAAUUUGUUUAAUAAAAUGCUAUUUACUCUUUAUCUUUUAAAACAAAGCAAGAUAUAACUAAAUUUUCAUUAUUAGUUAAUACGCCACUAUUAAUUGGUAUCAAAAUUAUUUACACAAAAAUUAUUAUUUUUAUUGAUAAAAACAAAAAUUUAAAAAACAAAAAAUUUUAGAAAAUUUAUCGAUCAAAGUGCUAAUUUUGUUUAAAUAAUAUGCUAUUUAUACUCUAUUCUUUAAAAUAAAGCAAGAAAUUAGUAAAAAUUUUUAAAAUUUAUAAUGAAUCCUUAUUGAAUUUUAUAUCGAAACUAUUUAAAUAAAAAAUAUCAUUUUUAUCAAAAAAGAAUAAAAAUUUUUGAAAAAAAAUUAAUUUUUUUUUUAAAAUUUAGCAAUUAAGGAUAAUAAAUUUAUUUAAAUAAGAUGAUCUUUAUACUCUCUUCUUUAAACAAGAACAAGAUAUAACUAAAUUUUUGAUUUUAGUAAAGAAGAAACAUUUAACUUAUAUCAAAACCUUUUACAUAAAAAUUAUUAUAAUUUUUUAUUAUAAAAUUAAAUUUUGUUUCAAUUUAAAGGGGGUUAAUUUACCAAAAAAGUGGAAAUUUUACCUAUAUUUUGUUCCAAUUUAAAGAGGGGGGAGUAAGAGCAUUUCCUUUAUUAUAAUAAUAAUAAUACUCCACAGUUUGGAUUUUUUAAUUGCAUCGUUACAAUGUUUUAGUGUUUUUUCAUAGCUCUUUUCUUUAUAGAAGAUAACUCCUAUGCUAUUGUAUGCAUCAGCAUAAUUUGGAUCAACUCUGAUAGCUUAUUUAUAGCAUUCCAUAUCUUAUUCUCUAUUGCCUAACUUAUAUAGAGCAUCUCUUUCAUUUGAAAAGCAAUGUGCUAAUAAAAAUAGUAUUUGCUAUUGUCAGUUUUACUUUUAGAUCUCUAAAUGGACUCUUUAGCCAUUGUUCCACAAAGUUCAUAAAUAUAUACAGGGAUAUACUGCUAAUUAAUACCAAAGAUCAUUAUGCUUGUCAGCAAAUUUCUUCAGAUGUGGGGUUCUUAGUAGUUAUAGGAAAUUUUCACUACUCCUUAAUCGAUUGCGCUACGCUAUAUGAUAUUGUAUAAAUCAGUAAUUUUUUUAAUAUCUAAAAUAAUAAUUUUUUUAUUACGCCUGCUCUAAAUUAGCAUUUGUGAUAUAUCUAUACUAUAUUAAGGGGGGGGGUGGGGUGCCAUCUGUGAAAAAGGGGGGGGGGGGGGGGUGCACUAAAAGGGGGGGUGGGGGUACCAUUAAAAAAGGGGGGGGGGGGGGGGGGGUGGGGGUACCACGUUUAGGGGGGGGUGGGGGGGUGUAGGGUUGCUACCUGUGCUUGACCAGACCCAUAUAGGAUCUUUAUGAUGUGCCCUUUGAUAUUUUUCGCUUAUACAUGCCAUCCUAGCGUUUUAAUGAUUUAUGCAGGGUUGAAUAGAAGGACCACAGUUAGAGGACACAAAUUCCUCUGGAGAGGCCUAUUGACAGUUAUGAUAAUUUACGUCUUAGUCGGAGUUUUCGGGUAUUUGACUUUUUAUGACGAAAACGGAGGUUAUGAGAAUUUCCCAAAAAUUAUUUUAAGCGCAAAUUAUAGAGAAGGAAGUGCUGGAGUCAUUGUAGGAACAAUCACAAUGUUUAUUACAUUAUUGUGUGGAUGCCCAAUGCUGCUUCAUCCAUGCAGGAAUGCAACUUUAUCGCUCAUUUUUAAAGACAAGCCAGCACCAAGGACGGAGUUUUUAGGACUUGCAACGAUUUUGGUAUUUGGAGGUCUUGGACUUUCUUGGGUUGCGCCUAAUAUUAUUUCUGUGCUUAGCCUUGUAGGGUCUUUAACAAACCCUGUCAUUAGCUAUAUUUUACCAUGCUUGUUUUAUGUAAAAGCCCACCCAGGAAGCUCUUGGUAUAGUGCAGAUUUGCUACUCUGCAGGUUUGUAAUGGUUUUCAUGUCAGGAAUCGCCUUUAUGGGAGUAGUGAUGUUUUGGUAUGGCAUUGCGAAGUAA